AUGUUUCCUCCGUCAGCGGCAAUGCUGAAGAAUCUUUCUCAGAGCGACAUGACUUCUCCAUCUUUCAUGGUGGAGAACAUCCUCAGAUCGAAAGGUUCAAGUGCUGACCUGACCCGAUUCACUCUGGGUUGGGCUCUGAUGGCGAGGAGAGAAAGAGAAUCAGGAGGAAUCAUCCGGUCUAUGGACCCUUCGGUGGACUUUGAAAGAAAUAGGAUAGCAGCCGAGAGGCAUCAGCAGAGGGCUAGAAUUAAUGAAUGUGAGAGGAUACUCCAGUUCCAGGAGAGAGAUCAGGACAAACAGGGUGGUCUCCUGGAUUUGGAGAAUGAGAGGAUUGAGGAUCAGAGUUCUGUUGAUCGACUGAGUGCGAUGGAGAGACUUUCUGAAAGGAUCUCGAAUAAUUCAAAUAAUUCGAUUGAUGAAGAUAGGACAUCAACGGAAAUGGAUAGUGGGAUGCAAGAGGAAGUGCUGAGACAUGAUAGGGCUAGACUGUCGAUGCAUAUGGACCGGCGGUUUGAUAGGAGUAUGCAUUGUUCAGAUGAGAUGGGGAUGCAUAUGGAUCGGGAAACCGAGAGGUUGGAUAGGAUAGGAGAGGAAACGUGCACUUGCGGGGAUGAACAGUGUACCGGUCCAGGUUGCAGAAGGGUGCAGGAGAAGGAGAAACCGCAACUCAAGUUCAGCGUUAAUGCGAUACUUGGGGCUAAUCAUGAGAAACGACCGAAUCCAGAACAUUUUCCAGUUAUCCCAGCAGUAGCAAUACCAAUGAUAUUCCAAAACUAUCAAAAUUCGGCAAGCUAUAAUAUAGCAAAACCAAUAGCAAGGCCAGCUGCUUAUCAUCCACAUCAUCCUUCACAUUCGAGUCAACCUCCUCCUCAACAUCACCUGAUGCAGCCGUUUUUGUGUCGGAAUUCCUUUCUAACAGGUCCGAAUCCGGGUUCUGGAAGCCAAAUUGGAGCUUCAGGAGGUGGAGCUGCAUUUCCAGGAUCAAUGCAAGCUGGAUUGAGUGACCUGGCUGGUAUGGCAAUAGGAUUUCCUUGGUCAGGUUGUCCUCGUGGAAAACCGCGAAGAGGGAUGAUGAGGAGAGCGGUAUUUUCUGACUUGCAAAGAAGGGGACUCGAAAAAAGAUUCCAGCAUCAAAAAUACAUUAGCAAACCUGAUCGCAAGAAGCUUGCUGAAAAACUUGGCCUCAAGGACUCACAGGUGAAGAUAUGGUUUCAAAAUCGGCGUAUGAAGUGGAGGAACAGCAAGGAACGAGAACUAUUAGCAUCAGGUGGAUCUAGAGAGCAAACCUUGCCGAACAAGAACAAUCCUAAUCCAGAUUUGAGUGACGCUGAUGGUGACAGACAGAAACUGGACUUUAGCGACGCUAGUCCUUUGCAAAGUCCUCAAAGACCCGAAGAUCAAACUGAUAAUGAAGAUAAUGAAGAUAUCGAAGUCACGUGAUAGAAUUCACGUUUCGUAUGGGUUCAGAGAGUUACGAAAAAAUGCAACUUUAAAGUUUGGUUGGCGAAAAUGAUCUCAAAAAUCAGCUUCACUUUUAGGCCCAUAUGAUUUUAAAUUGUUUAAAAAUAUUCUAUUCUUAAAAUGUAUGAAGCGAUCAUUUCCAAAGGUUGAAUUCCAUUUUAUUCAUGAAACAAGUCAACCAAAAUUGUGUUGGUAAAUUUACAAAAGUUUGUUGACGAUCUUUAGAUGGACAUACAUUUUUAAUUUUCGAAGAAAAAAAUUGUUUAUAGUAUCUUGUAAGUAUUUGUAAUAUAUUAAUUAACUUGCGAUCUAAUGUCAAAUUUGGACAAAUAUAGUGUUACACUUUACAAGUUGAACAUGGAAACGUCAAUAAGAAAUCUGUCUUGUAAAUGCAAUAUAACUUAAAAAAUUCAUACUUUGCAAACAAUAAAACGAGAAAAGAAAAAUGUAUCGACCUUCAAUAUACCUUUAGAAUUUAGAUAUUAUGUAUAGUUGAUUAAAUAAUAGUCAUAAAAUAAAAUAAUAAUUGUCAUGGAAGCUACUCAAAUUUAUUGUUGGUCGAUGCAUGAUAUUUAAUUUAUUUCUGAUUUGUACAAAUUUUUAUUUUUAGGCUCAAAGUAU